AAAGAUACAAGAAGAUGCAAGUUCCUGUAUUUGCCCUCAUAUCUGUCAUUAUGGCUAGAAGUCGGUUCUUGUUUUUGUACGGACUUUUCUGCCUAAUUUUCUUCAUGAACUUUUGCAAUUCAUCAUGCCAAGAUGUGAAUAAAUGCGAUAACUCCACAGUAUGCCCAGCCAAAUCCAUUUGCAACAACUUUACGGAAGGCUACAAUUGCUCUUGUGAAGCCGGAUAUGAGUCAAGCAGUGGGGAAAAAGAGUUCACUGAUCCUGGAGUAACUUGCGAAGGGUGCUCUGUCUCCUCCUGGGAACUUCAUGAAACUGCAUUCCCAUACUCCCUGUCCACCGAUCUGCAAUGUGGGUGGGGCGAGUCCAAGUGGAAUGGACGCUGUACUUCCCGGCCAGCUGAGCCACUGCUGCCAGCCAGAUGUUGAUGAAUGUCUCAACCCCGGGGUCUGUCCUGAGAACACCAUCUGUCGCAACAUCCCAGGAAGUUACAGAUGUACCCGCAAACCAAGCUUCACUCCCAGCGGCUACAAUCCUAAAGAAAGGACCAAGUAAAUGGAUACCCUGAGAGAGUUUAAAAACAGCAGCAUUGAUGCAGCCUUCCUGUGUUCUCCCGAAGUCUGGCCAUGUGUGUCAGAGUAGAACUGUGCUCCACAGGAUUUUCAAUGGUGACUUCUGCAAGUAGAUCGCCAAGCCUUUUUUCUUACUCUAUCUUGGUCUGGAAGCUCUGCUGAAACCUGUUUAGCAUCAUAGCAACACACAAGCCUCCAUUGACAGAUGGGUGGUGGCCGCUCAUGAGAUGCAUUGCCCAGGAAUUGAACCCUGGUCUCUGGCAUGAAAGAAACCAACCCUUAUUUCUCCACCUCGAGCAAUGACGUAUCUUCAAGAGACUGUGAACAGCAGGACCAGAAUAAUGGCACGAAGAUUUGCUCCCCUUUCAAGAGCCUGAUACAUGGAUCUGGACCUGGAAGUUCCCCACCUUCUUUAAAGGAAAUAGCUAAUUCUUUCAACCUCCUCACGAAUGUCACGUCCCAGUUGCCUACAAGAAGCCAUAAAGAAGCUGCAGUAUCAGAGUAUCUUGAGGUCAUGCAAACGGCGUCAUACGAAGCUGCCCUCAAGCGCCCCACAGAGGGGACACACAGGGAAGAGACAAAGCUUAUAGCUAUUGAAACGCUGACCCUCAAGAGAGGCUGUAAAGAGGAAGGGGAGACAUUUGAGCUGAAGGCCAAAGGGAACUCCAUGGACAUUGACUGCUCCAUCAUCACCGAAGGAGGAACAGGGGGGGCUGUCGCUUUUAUCUCCUAUGACUAUAUAGGGUCCAUCAUAAAUGGCUCAUUUUCAUCUACGGAAAACCUAACUGUUGGUGAAAAGCUAGAAAACUUUGAGCUCAACUCCAAGGUAGUCAGCUGCACAAUAGGACCCAGGAAGACUGCAACCCUGGCCACACCUGUGAACUUCACUUUUCAGCACUUACAGGUGAUAGGGGAACACGAGAAGACUAUCUGUGUCUUCUGGGAUAACACAGGCUGGUCUACCGCAGGCUGCCAAGACAUCUUUUCGAAUGGAACGCAAACCGUAUGCAGCUGUAACCACCUUUCCACCUUUGCCAUCCUCAUGGCCUCCGUUGUACUGACGGAGGAUCCGGUGCUGGUUAUGAUCACCUAUGUGGGGCUGAGCCUCUCUCUGCUGUGCCUCCUCCUGGCGGCCCUCACCUUCCUCCUGUGCCGGCCCAUUCAGAACACCGGCACCUCGCUCCACCUGCAGCUCUCGCUCUGCCUCUUCCUGGCCCACCUGCUCUUCCUUACCGGCAUUGACCGGACAGAGCCCAAGCUGCUGUGCUCCAUCAUCGCUGGGGCGCUGCACUACCUCUACCUGGCCUCCUUCACCUGGAUGUUCCUGGAAGGCCUGCACCUCUUCCUCACCGUCAGGAACCUCAAGGUGGCCAACUACACCAGCGCAGGCAGAUUCAAGAAGGGGUUCAUGUACCCCUUUGGCUACGGGAUCCCAGCUGCGAUCGUGGCUAUGUCUGCAGGGCUCAAACCCCAUGGAUACGGCACAUCUGUGCAUUGCUGGAUUAAUCUACAACAUGGAUUUAUGUGGAGUUUCAUAGGACCCGUAUCUGUAGUCAUCUUGAUAAACUUAACCUUUUAUUUGAUAACCCUAUGGAUUUUGAGAGCCAGACUUUCUUCCCUCAAUAAAGGAGUGUCCAAGAUCAAAAGCACAAGGAUGCUGACGUUUAAAGCCAUUGCUCAGCUCUUUCUCUUGGGCUGCUCCUGGUGUCUGGGCUUCCUUCUCGUUGAGUCAAUAAAGGAACCAUUCAGAUCAGUCAUCGCCUAUGCGUUCACCAUCACCAACGUCCUUCAGGGCGUCUACAUCUACAUGGUCCACUGUGUCCUCAAUCAGCAGGUACGAGAGGAGUACAAAAAGUGUUUUACAAGGACGGAUAAAAAGAUUGAAUCUGAGAGCAAUACACUGGCCACUUCUACCACCUACACCCACGUGAUGGAAAAAUCAACCAAUUUGUCUGAAAAAGGAAAAAACAGUUCACUCUGAAAAUUAUCAGCUGCUCCACGUCACCGCCUGACUUCAUUUUCUGGAUUCAAAAAGGGGAAAGAAUAAGCCGUAUUACACAAACACGAGAGAACGGUCUCUCCACGGUGUAGAAUGACUGGCAGAAAGUGUGCUUUGGCUGGAUGGUAUUUUGCACAAGGCUUCAUUUACAGCCUUCUUCCUUUUCUCCUUUUUAACGGAAGCAUUUCACGCACAAACACACAGCUCUUAAAUGUACACUUUAGUGAUUUUUGCAAAGGUCUAUACGCCUGUGUGACUGUCAAGAAUAUCAAUCAAAGCAAGAUAUGGAACAUUCCCUCCUACUCGUCUCCAGGAGCCCCCCCCCCAAGACCCCAACUCAGAAGCAACUGUUGUUUUAACUUCUAUUACAGUAGGUUAAUUUGGCCAGUUCUUGAAGUUCACACACAUGCAAUCGUAUAGUAUAUAUUCUUGGUGUUUGCCUUCUUUUGUCCAACAUAACCCGUCUGAACUUCAUCCAUGUUAUGCAUAUAUUGGUAGACUCCUCCUUUCUGUUGCUGAGUAGUAUUCCACUAUAUCACUAUACUGUAUCCAUGACCUGUUUAACCAUCCUCCUGUUGGUGAACACUUGGGCUAUUUCCACUUUGGGGCUAUUAUAAAUAAAGCUGCUACAAACAUUUUUAUACAAAA